AUGGUUUUGUGCAAAGUGCUUAGCUUACUGGAUAUAACACAGCCAUUGUUAAACCAUGAGGCAGAGAAGAAUAAAGUACCUGCUAUUUUCAAGGCGGUCGUAGAGAUAAUGUCUAAUUCUGAAACAAAUCAGGUUACAAUUGUAUACAUAGAAACCAACGGAAUACAGAUUGGUAUUAAUUCAAUACUUCACUACAACAAUGAAUCAGUAAUAAGUCUUUCUAAAACACUUGUCAACAAAACGACCCAAUACAGAGUGAAUAAUGACUUGAUCACGCACCUUCUAAAACAGAAAAAAGCAAAACAAAGUUAA